AUGGCUAUUGAUUUUACAGUGUACAAAGGGUCCCAAGACGGAUCGAUCAAAAAAGCCACCACCCACCGGGAUGACCUCCAAGGCGACUCCGUCCUCGUGCGCGUCACCCACUCCGGUGUCUGCUUUACGGAUGUGCACUACAGGAAGUCCGACAUGGCGCUGGGCCACGAAGGCGCAGGUGUGGUCGAGGAAACCGGCCCCAACGUCAAGUACCUGAAGAAAGGCGACCGGGUCGGCUGGGGCUACGAGCACGACUGCUGCGGCCAUUGCAAGCCGUGUCUGACGGGCCAGGAGACCUUCUGCCCCGAGCGCAAGUUCUACGGAUUGGCCGAUUUUGACCAGGGCUCGUUUGCGACGCACGCCGUCUGGCGCGAGGCCUUCCUCUUCAAGGUCCCCGAUACGCUCAGCAACCAGGACGCAGCGCCGCUGAUGUGCGGCGGUUCGACGGUGUGGAAUGCCAUGGUGGUCGGCGGGGUGAAGCCCACGUCGCGUGUGGGGAUCGUUGGGAUCGGUGGAUUGGGCCAUCUGGCCAUCCAGUUCGCGGCCAAGAUGGGCUGCGAGGUGGUUGUGUUCUCGGGCAGCGACAACAAGAAGGACGAGGCGAUGGAGCUGGGCGCAUCGGAAUUCCACGCGACCAAGGGCGCCAAGGAGCUCAAGGUCAGCAAGCCCCUCGACAACCUCCUCGUCACGAUGAGCACUCAGCCCGACUGGAAGCUGUACCUGGAUGUGAUGGCGCCGGGCGCUGUCAUCUCCCCUCUGACCAUAGACAAUGAGGAUCUGAAAUUCCCAUAUAUGCCCCUGCUGGUCAAUGGGAUCCGUAUUCAGGGCUCUGUGGUUGCGCCGCGCCAGUCGCAUCGGGAGAUGCUCGAGUUUGCGGCACAGCACGGCAUCAAGCCGAUCAUCAUGACGUACCCGAUGAGCGUGGAAGGAAUUCAGGAUUGUCUGAAGACGCUGGAGGAUGGCAAGAUGAGAUACCGAGGUGUUUUGAUCGCAGACAAGCAGUAA